UUGGGACUCUAUAAAUAGGUAGAAUUUCUAAGGAAGAACCCACAACAAAGAUUUGCAUCUUGGCCUUCAUUGAGAGUAAGAGAAAAAAUUUAAAAAUGGCAUACAAUGUGUUUGGCAACCCAAUCACCAAUGAAACUCUAGAAUCCAUGCCUGAGUAUGAAGGAAAGACAAUAACACGUCAAGAUAGAGCGCACGUGGCACUUAAUAUGAAGAAUGCUCAAGAUAAAGACAAAAAUGCUAGAGAAUAUGUGGAAAGAUUAAAACAACAAUGGGGAACUGGAGUCUCAACCCUUUGCUUAAUUUACAAUGCCACUGGUGAUACCAUAAAAUUUGUUGUUGAACACAGUUGGCAUGGUCAUAUUGGGCCUGGUCCUUACCCAAUCGAGAUUGCAAAUGGUCAAUGGGGUGGUUUUCUUCAUGUUAAAACUUCAGGAACAGCCACUGGCUCUUCUGCUGCAUGUGUCUAUCGUGGGUUAAAUAAUAAUGGCAUGAUUUGUGAUUGGAUGGCUGCUUGGUCUAAUCCAUGGAAUCGAUCAGCUUCAGAUAAUACGGCAUAUACUGAGAUUCGCGAAGAAGGACAUUACACUAAGGAGGAUCAUUGGAAUUACAUCUCUAACUUAUUAUAUAAUUCGGGUCUUAGCCAUUCAGACGAUUGGAACGGAUGCAUUUCAAAUGUGACAACAGGAAGUGAUACUAGUCCGAUAUUCGAAGCAAUAUAUACUCUAAUAGGGGCUUGAAACUCUCUUAUAAAAAUAAAUGCUUGAUGCAUUAUAAUAUAUGUACUACUAAACCUAAUCGCUGCUAAAUAAUGGCCUUUGAUGCCUUUAUCUUUAAGAUUUGUGGAGUUAAACUA